CCUCUUUUAUACAGCCCUGUCUCAGUAAUGGCGUCCUGGAAUUUUUUUACAAUUUUUGACAGCUUAGCAUGAAAUUAUUUGGAAAUCUUUAAAAUUCUCCUUGAUAAAAUAUUGAAAAGUAAGAAUUUGAUUUACUAACAGAAGCAAUGGAUGGUCCACCACCACCACGAGAUGUUAGUCUACGUAAUAUUAUCGAUAAAUUGGCUGAAUUUGUGGCACGAAAUGGACCAGAAUUUGAAAUGAUUACCAAACAGAAACAACAAAAUAAUCCCAAAUUUGAAUUUCUUUAUGGUGGUGAACAUGCGGCCUAUUAUCAGUGCAGAGUGAUGGCCGAACAAAAUUUUUUAAAACAGCAGCAACAAUGUAAUAGUGGUAAUAACAUGCUUAAUCAACAACAACCACCUCCGCAUUUUACGCAAGGUCCGCCGCCUAAUAUGAUGCAUCAUUCAGAAAAUCAAUUAUCAAAUAAUCAUGAUACCAAUCCUUUUGCAAUGAAUCAACCGCCGCCAAAUCAUCAAAUGUGGAAUUCAAACAUAUCGCAGUCCAAUGCAGUGGUCGUACCUGCAGCACCCACAAACACCAAUAAUUCCUUAGCUAUAAAUAUAACCGCCCAAAUUGAAGCUAUCAAUAUGCAACAGAACAGCUUACGUGAACAAAUUCGGCAAUCAGAAUCAAAUUUAACGGCACAACAUACGGCAUUGAUGGGCCAGCAAAAGAAACAAAUUGAAGAAGCCAUUGAGGCGGCACAAAAUGCACAAUUGGAAAAACAAGCGGAGGUCAGAAAUAUUUCACUGAAAGAAAUGGAUGCAGUGCUCCAACCCAUUAUCGAUUCUUGCACAAAGGAUAGCAUAUCAGCAGGCAAAAACUGGAUAUUACAGCAUUCAUCCGACAGCGCAAAAAACAAUGUCGUUUUACAAUAUCUUUUAAAAAAGGCUUUGGUCAAUGGUUCAACAUUUUCAACAAAAUUACAUCUUAUAUAUUUAAUUAAUGAUAUACUUCAUCAUUGUGUGCGUAAAAAUGCCAAUGAUCUGAAAAAUUGUCUUGAAAAUGUAGUCAUACCUAUGUUUUGCAGUGCUGAUCUAAUUGCAAAUGGUGAGCAGAGAACAAAAUUAACCAAAUUGUUGUCGUUGUGGGAGUCGAAGGCAAAAUUUUUCGAUGCCUGCGUUAUUUCAAAAUUACAAUCCCCAGACUCCUCAAUGCAAGAAUAUAAAACAAAUUUGCAAAAUCAACACCAUGACAUAACCUCAAAAUUUACUCAAGCCACUAAAGCACAAUUAGAAAAUUAUCAAAAGCAGCAUGAAAUUUUUAUACAACAUGCAACGCAACAAAUAACGCAAUUGGAGCAACAAAAGCAGCAGCUGGAGCAGCAAAUGCUCGCAACGGUUAUGCCGAAUACUUCGAUAAUGCCACCUUCGGCUGUUGUGCCAGCACAGCAGACCUCGCAACAACAGCAACAACCAUCACAAAAUAAAAUACCUUCACUGAUGAAUCAAAAGAUAUCCUUGCCUUUAAUGGAUGGUCAAAUGGACUGCAACAAUUCAGGAGGCGUUGUAGGUAAUAUGUAUCAAAAUCAACAGACCAAUAAUAGUCAUUAUCAGAAUGAAGGAGUACCAAAGAAUUUCUUCAUUCCGGAUUUAUCUAAGCCGCCACCUGGUUUUAUGGGGUCUAAUGCUGGUCCAACUGGCCCUAGCGUCAUGCCCACUAAUAUAAUGACAGCUUCCAAUCAAAUGCCUUCACAAAUGAUGCCGACAGCCCAAUACGGGCAAAUCAAUAACAUUCCAGGAAAUCAAAAUAUAAAUAAUCCAACUUCCAAUAUUAAUGCUGCAGAUUUAGUCAAUAAUGCUUCCGGUCUGAAUUUGGACGUAAUGAGUGUAAAUGUUGCGUUACAACUCGUGCAACAACAACAGCAACAACAACAACAACAACAGCAACAACAACAACAACAGUUACUUAGUGGUUUUGAAUUACAUCCUCUGCCUGGAGACACUGAUGAUAAUGAAAUUAUUCCACCAGCGCCGCGUAUGCAAAUGGAACCAGAAGAACAAAAACCUUUGGCUGCCUAUUAUGAUUUGCCCGCUGGUCUUAUGGUCCCUUUAAUACGGCUUGAAGAUUAUCGUUACAAGCCUUUGGAUCCUACUGAUAUACGUUUACCACCACCAGCGCCUCAAAAUGAACGUUUGACCAAUGCUUUAGCUGCUUUUUAUUCGAUGCCCACGCACGACAGACCACGCGACAAUGAGGGUUGGGAAAAAUUAGGACUCUAUGAAUAUUAUAAAGUUAAAAAUGCCGCUAAAAAGCAAAAAGAGGAGGAGAUUAAGAAUGGUACUAGAGAGAAGUCCCGUUCACCCAGUCCCAUCAUAUUGGAGAAACAAAAACCGAAAAAGGUUAACAAACGUUGUUACAGAUCAAAAAGUCGCAGUCGUUCGCGUUCGCCCUAUCUUCGGUCUCGUUCACGCUCAAGAACCCGUUCUAGGUCACCAGCACGAUCUUCAUCCGCACGAGAUAGACAAUCGCGAAACAGUAGCCGUUACAGUAGUAGUCGGCGUAGUCGUUCACCCCGUCGGUCUCCAGCCAGAGACAGGGACCGCGAACGUGAAAGAGAACGCGACCGUGAAAGAGAGUCUUCAGCAGGCAGUAGUCGCGAAGGUCGUGAAAAAAAUACCAUUAAACGGGAACGUGAACGCUCAGUUACUCCACCUAGUUUUUUCAGCAAUAGUUUUGCCAAAACCAAUGAGUUCAUCGAAGAAUCUAACAAAGGCCAUCAAAUGUUAAUGAAAAUGGGUUGGGCCGGGACUGGUACCGGUUUAGGUACUAAAAACCAAGGCAUCGAUCAACCUAUUUCGGCCGGAGAACCUCGCGAUCGUAAAGACAUGUAUAAAGGCGUUGGCGUUAAUCUCAAUGAUCCUUUUGAGAACUUUCGCAAAAACAAAGGUGCUGCCUUCGUGCAUCGCAUGCGUUCUCGUGAUGAAAAAAGUUAAAAUUUGUCCUAAAAUUUUUAAUUUAUUUUUUAUUUUUUUUCAAGUUUUUGUAAAUUUGAUUUAAUCAAUAGAUUGAA